AUGUCUCCAACAUGGUCUUCCUCAGCGUCGGCUCGCGGCGUCCUGCCAUCCAUUCACAUCCCGGGAGCAACGAGAGACACAUUGUCGACGUCGCCUAGCCCCGUGAGGCCAAGUCUGUCAUGCAAGACGCAGGAGUCUGAUAAUGCGCUGCGGAAGUGGGCAAGUUUGGCCGUAUUGAUUGUCUUCACCACCGCCACCAGCAUCGUAUCGCAGAGAUCAAGGGCCGUAGGCUCGCAAGGAAGCUAUUCGAUUGCAACCGCCGUCUUCCUAUCCGAAUUGCUCAAGGUGUGCGUCGGCUUCUUUCUCGCCGUGUUUCGCAGCAGUCCGACGACGAGCAAAGAUAGUGCAAGCUUGCCACUAUUUUCAGAAAAGGCAAUAGCACUGGACGGCGACGACGCCGUAGAACUGGACGACGAUGGAAUCCAAGCAAGAGGCAACACAGUCAAGCCGAGCUUGUUGGAUCGAAUCAAACGGGCCUACAACGAUAUUUACUGUGCAUCCGCGUGGAUGAUGGGAGUGCCAGCGUUGGUUUACGUUGCGCAAAACAUGCUCCAGCUGGCAGCCAACUCCUAUCUGAGCUCGGUGGCGUAUCAAGGGCUCUCGCAACUCAAGCUGGUGACGGCCGCCAUGAUCAGUGUCUUCCUCUACAAAAAGACGCUUUCCUCACGACAAUGGAUCUCCCUUCCAAUCUUGAUGAUGGGCGUGCUGCUCUUGGCGCAAAAGUCGCCGUCGAAGCAGGAUGUAGCGAACGCAGCUGCGCUACUCGACUAUGUAUCGGACGAAUCUCCGUUUGCGCAUCGUCAUGCUAGCAGCACCGAGACCUCCUGGCGAGCGUCCAAGAUGAUGGCAGAGGCAUUUGCGCUGGCGAGCAAGUAUGCCAACGCACAGUUGGCGGCGGGAGCGACACUCGUGCUGCUAGCGUGUAUUUGCGGAGGAUUCGCAGGAGUGUAUAUCGAGACCAGACUCAAGUCGAGCAUGUCGGUGGCACUCUCGGUUCGAAAUGCCCAAUUGGCUUCUUUUGCCCUAGUCACAGCUGGAGGAGCUAUGGCUCUGGAAGCGAUCGGUAAGGAAGGAUGGCAGCCGCUCGCCAACUUUACCACCUUGGCUUGGAUCACCGUCCUGCUUCGAGGAGCAGCUGGAUAUGUGGUCUCUGCGACAUUGCGAUACGCCGACACCAUCAUGAAAGGGUUUGCAACCAGCGUGGCCAUCAUCACGACGAUUGCGCUCGAGAGCAUCCUAACAUCACAUCUGCCAUCCACAGUCCAAAUUCUGGGCAGCAUCCUGGUGAUGCUCAGCACAUACAACUACGUCCGCAUCUAA